CAAUGAAUCAAAAGCAAAACUCGAUGAUUUAAAAUCAUUAGUACAGGUUGAGAGUCUCUUUCAUGUCAAAUUUACAGUUCGUUCAUUUGUAGCUAUUCUUGAUGAAGCUAAUGCCAUUAUGCGUCAAAUGUCUAAUGAUACAAAUACACGAAAAUCUGAAAAUGCAAUGCGUGAUGUCUUAAAAUCUGCAAGGCAUAUUUUAGCUAUAGAUGCCUUUGCGAAUAAAUCUACAUUAGCAUUCCUUAAGGCAUAUCGUGAUGAAGACAUUCAUAUUGUUGAUAAUGGAUACCAGCCUUGUAUAGAUAAGACGGUUGAAUUUAUUUAUGAUCUGAAUAGUGGAGCAGAAGCCAUGCAAAUAGGAUAUGAUCUUUUAAGUGAGCUUGACUAUAUAGCUUAUACAAAUACAGUGGAGGCAGAAAUAUCAUUUGAGAUUACAGGUCACUUUAAUAUAGUUAUAGCUAUUACAAACAUCACCACUCAAGUUUACGUCAAAGUUCUUGCACAAAUGCUUUAUCGAAUUUGUGAUUAUUCUCACCAUAUUAUUUCUAUAUUUUAUCAGAUACCCAUAGCAAUAAAGGUACAUCCAUCUCUUUCUGCAAGAUAUUUUAUUGAAAAGCUUUGUAGUCUUAUAGCCAGUACAUGCGCUUCUCUCCAACUUAUAAAAAUGGAUAAGAUUAUCAAGUAUACAGAUUUUAACGCAGUUGCUACUUCCCAGAAUCUUAGUCUUGAAGAAGCUGAAGUCCUUAAAUUUGAUCAAGAGUGUUCUAUCGCAGAUACCAUGGGACUUAAACAUUUUUAUAUGCAGAAUUUUUAUUGCAAAGACAUGACUCAGAAGCAUUUCUUACGGUUGUCUUAUUUUCGAAGGCAAGAUCAUGAUGAGAAGAACGCAAUAAAGGGAUUGAAAGCUGAAGAAAAUGUACAAUGGGAAAUUGCUUGCUAUAAAGCUAAAGAGAAUCUGGAAAAAUCAGUAGCAGAGGACUUGUGUAAAUCUUAUUCAGCAAAUCAUUGGGAAGUUAUACAAGAACUUUUUCAAAUACUAGACUUUACUGGCAUUGAUGACAGGUGUAUUCUUUCUGGUGAUACUGCAUUAAAAUCAUUUACAUGGUCUUGUAAAAG